AUGGCAAACAACGAUGUCAUUUUUAGGGUUCAUUACGGGGGCCGGUUUGAUCGGCGAUACAAAUGCACCUAUGUUAGAGGGCAAAUAGGGUUGUAUGAAGAGUCGUAUGACCUAGAUUGUUUGUCUUUUUUUGAGAUCGAAAGAGUAGCUGGAAAAUUUGGAUACGAACCAGGUGACCUGGUGUACUAUCGAAUACCCGGAAGAGAAUUAGAUGACGGGUUGGUUUUAUUAACAUCUGAUGAGGAUGUCUCCAGAAUGGCCGAUGUCUUAUUAGGCCAUACACUUGUAUUACUGUACACGGUGUCUUUUGCAUAUGCUGGUGCUGAAGUAGGGGCAAAUGAGGGUGAGGGUGAGGGUGAAGAUAUUGUGGAAAGUGGUAAUGAGGAAAGGAGGUUGAAGGUUGUAAAUGAUCCAUACUGGCAUGCAUUGAUGAGUGACGAUGACGAUGCAUGGGAUGGGGCUGAUGAACCAGAAGCUGGUGGUUCAAAACGUGAUGAUGAUUAUAGUCCUCAUUUUGAUGAUGAGGGUGAUACUGAUGAGGAGGAUGGUGGUCAUGGGGAGGGUAGCCAUGAAAAGGCAGCUGAUGUUGGUGGUUUAAGUGGUUCGGCUACUAUGUUGGAUGAUGAGGAAGAGGAUGAGGUAUCCUCUAACUUAGCUAGAAGUGAUAUCCUCGUAACUCCCCCUAAAAGUGAUGAGGAGUAUGAGGCGAGUAGUUGGCCUAAGUGUGUUACUAGGGUUUCCCAGUUUCAGGAUGUGGACAUGGAAGACCCACAUUUGGAUGUUGGCAUGUCAUUUGAAUCUGCUGCUCAAUUCAGGAAAGCUGUGAGAGAAUACAAUUUGUUUAGUGGUAAGGAUGUUGUGUUCACAAAAAAUGAUGGGGAUCGGGUUAUUGGAGUUUGUAAGAGUAGGCCCAAGGGUUGUCCUUGGAGAGUUUAUGGUUCACUGGUUACGGGUGAGAGAACUUUUAUGCUUAAGUCACUGAACCCUAAACACCAGUGUACACGAUGUUACAAGUCUUCGAUUGUAACGUCUAGAUGGAUUGCAGACAGAAUGACCCACAAAUUUAGGACACAGCCAAACUAUCCAAUUGCAGCUCUCUUUGAUGAUGUAAAAAGGAAAUGGAAUGUGGAUGUUACUCCUAGACAACUGUACAGGGCCAGAGUUAAGGCGAAAGAACAGGUAGAAGGUAAGCACAAGGAACAGUACAAGCGGCUAUGGGAUUAUUGUGCAACAGUAAGACAAAUGAAUAGAGGGAGUACAUUGUUGAUGAAAGUUGAAAGGCCUACGUUAGACGUCCCACCUACUUUUCAAAGGUUGUAUAUGUCUUUGGCAACAUGCAAGGAGGGUUUUAAAAGGGCUUGUAGGCCCGUGAUAGGUGUUGACGGCUGCUUCCUUAAGGGACAUUUCGGGGGGCAAUUGUUGGUUGCUGUGGGAAGAGAUCCAAACGACAAUAUUUAUCCGAUUGCACUGGCUGUGGUUGAAGCUGAAACUAAGGAUAGUUGGUCCUGGUUUCUAGAGACUCUAGUGGGGGACCUUGGUCCAAAUGGCUGUACUGGGUGGACAUUCAUUUCUGACAGACAGAAGGGGUUGAUACCAAGCUUCGAGGAGGUCCUACCAAGUGCACCGCAUCGCAUAUGUAUCCGACACUUAUAUGCAAACUUUAGGGGUGAUGGGCACAAAGGAUUGGUGCUAAAAGACAAGUUGUGGAAAGCAACUGCUGCAUAUAAUUUUUAUGGGUAUCAAAGGGAAAUGGAGGCGCUGAAGAAAUUGAGUCCAGCUGCCCAUGCUUAUUUGGAGAAGAUUGACCCUCGUACCUGGGCUAGGGCUUUCUUUGACACCACUCCAAAGUGCGACUUGAUCAUGAACAACUUAUGCGAGUGCUUCAACUCGUACAUCAUCCAUGCCCGAGACAAGCCAAUCAUUACCAUGCUGGAGAUGAUUAGGAAGAAGUUGAUGAGGCGAUACCAGAAGAAGAGGUAA